AUGAAUGUUCCGUUAGCCGGUGGUGAAAUGGGUAUUCUACCUAUACACAUUGCCUGCGCUUUUGGUCGUUUCAAAUGCUUACAAUUGUUGUUAUCAACUGGGCGAAAUUGUCCCGUUGAUGAAGUGAUCGAUAGAGUUUUCGAUAGAAAUGUUCAUUCUAUGGCAAAUGAAGAUUGCUGUGGAUUAUUUUCGUGUCGAAUGACAGAUGGAUCACCAGCUUUAUACAAAUAUUAUUAUUGUAUUGAUCAACUGGACUGUCAUCAUAUGACUGCUUUCCUGUUGGGCGUUAUCCAUGGACAAGUGAAUGCUGUACAUGAAUUGUUAACAUUGAAAAUGAAAGCUAUGCGAAUAACAAGUCAAAGUCAAACAGAGCCUAUUCAACGUAUGCAACAAGAGACGAGUAGUCCACCUACUUAUAAUGAUAAGUCAGAUAAAUCUAAUCAACAAUCUUCAUCUGAUCCUGAUGAUUGUUCGAGCGUCAUCUAUUCUGAUGUUUGUCCGAUUGAUGCUCAUCGGAAGAUAUCCGCUUGUUGGUAUUUCAAAUCUCCAUCUGUCGGGAAUGACACUGAUAAUAAUAAUAAUAAUGGUAAUAAUAAUGAUCGUAAGAGUAGUAGUUCUGCAUCAGAUGGCUACAAUCGACCUAUGAUUAUUCUGAAUCCACGAUGUCAUCAAAGUCUGGAAGGAGGAUAUGCUGUUUGUGGAUAUUUUAAUGCUUUACAACUUUCUGUAAUGACUGGAAACUAUAAAUUGGUGUCACUUUUAGUAAAUUAUCUUAAACAAGAAUUGAAUUCAUCCUGUAGUUCAUGUAUCCAUGGUCAUUGUUAUACUCAAGAGGAGAAUACAUCGAAAAUUCCAUCUUCAUCAUCAUCAUCAUCAUCACCAUCUUCGAUUUCUACAUCUCCAGGGAUUCAUCUUUCUCAAAGCUAUACGAUUGAUUCUAAAACUUCAUCACUACAAUCGUUUAUGACAACACCACUUGGUUUAGCAUGUUGUUUAUACGAAGCUGAUGAGGCUAGUGCCCUCCUGAUCGCAUCGAUUCUAUUGAACGCCGGUGCUGUCGACAUCAACAAUCAAUUAUUAAUAUAUUCAAUCAAUAAAUCCUAUCACAAAUUCACUGGCCUACUGUUAAGCCAUCAAACAUUAAGCUUGAAUAAAUUGAAUGAGAAUCCUAAAAUACUACUUUGCAAAAUAUCCAGUUGCAGGUCAGUUGAAGCAAAUACUGAUUCAAAGUAUGCCUGUGCUGAUGUAGCCGUUACUGGACGCCUGAAUCUUGCCAGUCGACCAUUUCAUCCUUCAAUUAUUCCAAAUUGCUUUUGGUAUUUCAAUCCAGUAAUACCGUUAUGGUUUAAAGUCAUUGAGAAUGUAUCGAAAUUGUUCUUCAGUGGCGAAACUCUGACGUCGUCAUCUUCUGUUAUUUCAGAAGACAAUAACACCACUCUUGAUGCGCUGUAUCAGAGUAUCAACCAGCAGCUUGUUGUGUCAUUGCCUUCGCCAUCAUUUACCAGGAAGUAUUUAGAUAAUGUCGCCUGUCAAAUAAUUACACGUAUCAAUCUAUCGAAUUGUGGUUUACAAACACUUCCAUGGUGUUUAUUUUGUUGUCUUAAAAAUUUAAAGGAAUUAGAUUUAAGUAAGAAUUGUAUCAAAAAGUUACCGAAACGACUGCCCAGUGUUCCGGCUUCAUAUCGUCAAUGUCUAUGGCAACCAUGUUGUUGGACGUACAGCCUUACUUACUUGGACCUAUCAGAGAAUCAUCUUCAGUACCUUCCCACCUGGUUAUUUAUCAAUAAAACUGAAUCUACCAACACGCUGACAUCAUCCUCCAAUGAAGAGAAGUUGUUGAAUGGGAACGGGAACUCUAGGAGAGGCAGAGAAGGAGGAGAUAUUCAGUCGAUAUGCCCAAAUUCAAAUAAUAACUGUAUUCCACGAAUUCGUCAUCGAUGCUAUUCUGAGAAUGAUGCUGACUCUGCGAAUAGUUUCAGUAUACGUUAUAAAAUUAUGUCGCAUGAUUCAUUUGCACCAAAUCUAUUAUAUCUGUUGCUUUCAAGAAAUGAACUUCAAAAAAUACCCUGUGCAGUAUGGUCUAAUAGCGUGAUAGAAUUUCUUGAUUUAAGUUGGAAUAAAAUAGGCUACCUGCCUAUGCCAUUUAUGCUGAAGGCGCAAUUUGAACAGUCUAGACAACUGUAUAGAGAAUCAUUGAAUAUGAAGUUACACCACUCUAACAAUGUUGGGAAUAAGUCAUCUAAACAUUCAGCAAAGAAUAUUGAUUGGCCAUUAGGUGUGGAUUGUUCACAAAGAGUUUAUAUCCCAGCUAAUCAGAUUUUAACCUCUGUAACGAAUCUUCCUCGUUCAUCGCGAAAUGAUCUAAUAGACAAAAGAUGUGACAAGAAAAUGAAUGACUUCACAGUACAAUGUGGUGAACAGCAAGCUAGUAGUCGUCUUACUCACCUAUGGUUACAUCAUAACUGUUUAAAAACCCUCCGUCUUAUUAUUCCACCGAAUUCUUCAAGUCAUACUGCCAAUGUCAAGCAACACAUUCAUUCAACACGUUCACAUUCGGCAAAGUCAUUGUCUCUUGCUCAAAUCUGUCCAAAUCUUGUCUAUCUAGAUGUCAGUUAUAAUCUUAUACAACGACUAUCAGAUUUAUUUCUAUGUCCAAAGAGUUUAAUACAUAUCGACUUGAGUUAUAAUCGUAUGAGAACAAAUAAGGCGAAUAUCCGUUAUAGCAGUAACAACAACGGCAACAAUAAUGAAAACUCGAAUAGUAAUCAUGCUACUAAUGAUUCGUCUUCAUUGUCAUCUUCAAAUCAUUCGCGAAAUCUGAUAUCAUCGUCAGCUAACGCAUCAUCUCGUGAGAAAAUUUCAUACAGUUUCUUCUCCCGUUUAUUGUAUAGUUUGAGCUGUGAGAAAUCAACUACACCGUAUCAAUUCCCUAAAUUGGAACAUCUCAAUCUAAGAGGCAAUCGAUUUCGCGAAUUCUCCUGUGUUAAUUCGCCUAUUAUUACCCCUAAGGAAUCAAAGGUGUUCAAUAAUCAAAAUGUUAGUGUACGUUCUGAGUCUUCUUCAGAAGGAGUAGUAUCAUCGUCAAAAUUUAUGCCUAUAUCUUCUGAUCAUGAAAAGUACACACUUUUUCCAAAAUUAAAAUCAUUAGAUUUAAGUGAAAAUGCUAAUUUACAAACGGUUCAUUCCGAACUAGUUCGCUUAAUUAAUUUACAAUACCUUUCAUUGGAUAAAUGUAUCAACUUGAAUGAGAUUCCAGGGGAUUUAUACCGUCUAUCGAAUUUGCAUACUCUUCUGUUAAACAAAACACCAUUUCAAGAAUAUUUUGUAUCAGUAACAAAUAAGAAAAUAUCCAAUCGUCUAAACAAUAAUAAUAGUAACGAUUGUGAUGGUAAUGAUUUGGGCAGUGUUCACAAGAAAACGCAUACACGUCAUAUUGUAUCAUAUUUAAAAUCAAUAACUGAUCAACCUAGUCCAUUUACCCGAUUCCGUUUGAUGGUUGUCGGUCCAACAGGUGUAGGUAAAACUACUUUAAUUCAUCUGUUGAAAUCAUGUGAAGAAUGUGAAUCACCGUUAACGACGAAGACUACUACUUCCAAGGAACAAGCGAAUUCGGAUCAUCAAGCAACAUCAUCGCCAUCAGCUUCGCCAUCCUCGUAUGCACAAUCUGAUCAUAAACUGAAUGAUACGUUGGCUUUCGUCCAGGUUACACAACUUUCCUUACAUCGACCUUGUAAAUCUGCUGAGCCGAUUAAUACUAAUACCUCAAAUGAAUUUGAUCAACCAGUUAGUAGAAAUGCUUCCCCUUGUGAUACUGUAUCAUUCGACGUUUGGAAUGUACGAGGGGCAAGUCGAGAAGUCGUGGAUAAAAUUUACAACUGUAAAAUGCAUCACUCUGAAAUGUCAAAUAUCAACAAGAAAGUCACUCUCCAUUCGCAUAUUGAUCCAGUAUCUUCUUCUGAUUCGAUGAAUUAUCCUUCUGAGAUAUUGAUCAAUACAGUUAUGGGUGUGCACUGUGAACUCACUGUAUAUUUAGUACUUUGGUGUAUAUCGGAUGGUGUGUUAGGAUUGAAUAGAAUCACUCCUUGGUUAAUGAAGAUUCAGGCAGUUAACCCGAACAGUCCAAUCAUUCUUAUUGGUACAUAUACUGAUUCAGAUACCUCUUCGACAAUUGAAAAGGAAAUAAAUUCAUCUCAAAGAACACGUCAAAGUAUAAAUGCUACUUCUAAUACUACUCCCAAAAAUAUAAGUAGUAAUAGUAACAACAAAAAAAUGUCAAACACUUCAAAUUAUGACCUACAAUCAGUACUAAUGGAAUCACUUGUUCGAAAUCGAUUUUUUACAAAUCCUGAUUUACCCGCCUAUGGUUUAGCAAAUCUGCACAGUUGUGUAUUUUUAAAUCUAAGCGCGAUAAAACAUAAACAAAUAACAAUGAGUAAUAAUAAUAAUAAUAGUGAUAAGGAUUAUGAAUUAUCAAGGCAGCAAAUUUAUGAACUGGGCACACUAAUUCAUAAAGCUGCGUGUGCCUUAAGUGUUUCAAAUCGUAGAAUUGGUACUCUUUUACCAAGUGUUUCAUUGAAUUCAACUUCAUGUCUGUCAUCAUUCGUACAGCUUCCGAUUCCUAAACUAUAUCAUGAUGCACUGAGUAUAACAGAAGAGUUGACCAAUGAAAUGUUUUCUGCCCAAAUGCUUCCAGUUAUGGAAGUGAAUGAAUUUUUAUCUCUUUUAAAUCGACGUCUAUUUGACUAUUAUUCAUCUUCUCAACCUUUACGAAUAUGUAUGACAUUGUCAGACUUGGAUAUUGGCGGCGGCGGCAGCAGCAACAGCAACAGCGGUGGUGGUAGCAGAAGUGGAUUACCGUCUGAUGUACACGAACAAUCAUCACUUUAUCUUACUACAAACACUUAUGGAUUUUAUACUUAUACUGAAAUGAAGAGUAUUUUAUUAUUUCUAAGUUAUACUGGAGCUGUUUUACACUUUGAUCGUUACCACCAAGAUCACCAUCAUUGCCAGCACCACCAUGGUGGAUCAUCCAGACGUAUUGUAUUCCUAUCACCAAUUUGGUUAAUCAAUAUUUUGCUAAAGCUAAUCACCUAUCUUCAUAAGGAAUAUUUAUAUGAUAAAUUUAAUCAAUAUCCAGCUAGAGAGGAUAUACUAUCCCCUUUGAAUGAUUGUUGUCAGUCAGUGAAAUCGGCACCAGAUAUUCUUAGUUUACUUCAACAUCGUCAGCCCUGUUGUGAUGGUCAACCUGUUAUGGAAUCAUCUUAUCUAUUACAAUUGAUAAAAUGUCUACUCAAAACUGAUAACAAUGACGAUAAUAAAUGCGAAAAGAACGACGAUUAUGAUCACGGUGACACCAGCAAUGAUGUUGAUCGUCAGAUCAUUAGCAGAAGAAAUAUCCAACUGGAAAGUAUUUGUAUUGAAUUACUUCAACAAAUGGAAUUAAUUAUACCUAUUUAUGUUGGUGAUAUGAAUAUUAGUCGUAACGGCAAUAAUCAUAAUAAUAAUAAUAAUAAUAAUAAUAAUAAUAAUAAUCGACAAUAUUUAAUACCAUCCUUAUUGGCUACACGUUGUUUUCAAUCAUGUCGACCACAUUCGUAUUUACAACCAGCAGUCAUUAGAUAUAAGCAAAUUCAUGUACGUUCACAAUCGGUUAGUUUUCCAGCUAACAUACGAUCGGAUGUAUAUCAACAGUAUAAAUCCAAAUUAGUGAACAAGAAUGACUAUAAAGACUUGAGUAAUGCAGAAGGUCAUAUAUGUAGUACUGAACAAAUCGACUGUAAAUCAUCACGACAACAGGUUAUUUGGUCAGUUCAAACGUCAGCUAGUAAAGAAAUUGUACGUUUGUAUUGUGUCACGUAUAUACCAAUGGGAUUUUGGAUACAGUUGAAUACACGAUUGUUGAAUGAUACAAGUUUACAUGAAAUUUGUGGACGUAUUUAUAAUUUAUCAAAAUUACCGCCUCAAUUGCUUGAGCAGUUACUGAGCAACAAAAACCCCAUGCAUUGUAACCAUCAUUCUAACCAUCCUGUUCAUGGGAAUGCUUUUUGUUACUGUUGUGAUAAUGACAAUGACAAUGGAGGAAGCGUUGUUGGUACUCACAGAUCAUCUUCACAGGCAGCAUAUGCCAAUUUUAUGAAACCUGAAUGGACUGUAUGGAAACGUGGUAUGCGAUUGUCGUUUGGUCAUGGACGUAUUGGUUUAGCACGUUUACAACAAUUGACACGAACAAACUGUGCAUUGUUAAGAAAUCAUUCACUUGAUAAAUCAAACAGUCGUAUGUCAAAUAAUUCCCCAGUAUCCAGUUCACUAUCUUGUUCAACCUCUUUAUGUGAUAAAAAUGAUUUAUCUUCUAUGCUACAAUACUAUCAACAAAAUCUACUUGAAGAAGAAUGGGAUGAACCAUGUGCAAUUGAAGGUGAAGAAGUGUUGACAAGAAAUAGAAAAUUUUAUGAUAAUAAUAAAAAUGAUAAUAAUAAUAAUUGUUAUUUGAAGGAGAACUCUUCAACGCUGUCUACUGCAUCAAACGCCUAUGGUGUUUAUCGUAGUGGGGUUGUUGAGACAAUACAACACUCCUAUGAGGGACGUUAUUUACGUCUUAUGCAUUGGACGGUAGAAGAAGAGGAAGAGGUGCCGACGAUCACGGAGGGAACAGUGCCAACAAAAUCAUCACCCAUAACAUCUUCACCAGCAUCAUUGAAAGCUAUGGCAGCAGCUAGAUUCCCAUUUUAUAAUUCAUCUACAGUUAAAACAGUAUCAGAUUUCGCGUUGAGAAAUAAUGGUCAUUUGGUUGAUGAAGAACACGAUGCAUUUCAAACUUCAUGUCUUAUAGAAAUCUAUUUACCAAAUUAUAAUAUUUAUUGGAAGCAUCAACCAAUGAAAAAUAAAUCUUCAUCAGCUGAUAAUGACAAUCAUGAUGGUGAUGAUGAUGAUGAUGCUGAUGGCGAGGAGGAGGACGAUGAUGGCGGUGAUCCCAAUCAAACAGAAUAUCAAUCAAGAUUUAAGGGUCACAAAAGUCGUCAUAUUGUUGAACAGUGCUUAACUGCUGAUAAACGUUCGAUAGCUGAACUGUUGACAAAACUAGUGAAUCACAUGGAUACUUUAUUAGAAGAUUGGUAUCCAGAUCUUGGUUCAAGAUUGAAUCAGUCGAAUGAAGGUGUUUAUCUCGUGGAACGUAUUAUACCAUGUGUUGCUUGUCUUGCUGCUUCGAAACCUACUCAUCAAACGAAUAAUAAUAUGCGGUCGAGUAAUCCAGAUCAAAUUGACUCUGCCUCUUCUAUGAAUAAUCCACAAGGCAGAUAUAGAUCUAAUGAAAUAAAGGAUAAAUAUAUCAGCAGGAAGAAACACCGACCUCAUCCUAUUCAUUUAUCAGCAUUUGAUAGAAAACUUUCAGCAUCACUUCAAUUUAUCAGCCAUAAACAACAGCAUUCAGUAGUAGAUCGUCCAAAUAGUGCGGUAUCCACUAGGGUAUCGGCUAAUCCAGUGUCUAUUGCCUAUCAUUUGGCUAAAAUGCAUAUCGGUGAGAGCGUCAAUGGCAGUAAUCAGCAUACCAACUCUACUGCUAGUGCUAGUGCUAUUACUUCCGCGAAGAAUUCUGUUCAUCGUAAUACUCCAAGCAGUUCCAAAUUGCCUUGGCUUUUUAGACGGAGUCAUCAUGCGAAAAGAUCUCAUUCUGCGGAUCUAUUACAAAAUACUGAACAAAAUAAUCAAAUCAAUUCAGCGGCAAUGUCAACGACAACUGGGAUUCCUGUUUAUGGUAUAACUGUUAAUGAAUAUAUUCAUUGGUAUAUAAUGCAAAGUCCAGGAAAGCGAAUUCAACACGACGAAUUAUACUGUCCUAUACAUUCAUCAGUAGCAUUAUGGGCUCCUGAUUUAAGAUUGGAAGAUAUUCAUUCAAGUAUGCUGAUUUCUCCUGAUCGUAUUCAAUUGUUGAAAUUUCUUGGACGUGGAGCUUUUGGUUCUGUAUUUACUGGUUGUUUGACAAAGAAGACAAGUAAUAUUCCCUCUGGUGAUACCCAGUAUUUUGUGCAUAAACAAAACAUGCAACAACAGCAGCAACGACUGUUCAGUGAUACUGAAUCAUCAGCUACAGAAAAUGAAGACGUUGACGAUGAUAACCAAAUUGGUAAUAAUGAUCAUAGGCAUAAAUUAGCUGUGAAAAUCUGUUCACCAGUUCAUCCAAAUUUAGAUAAUCCAACACACUGUCCUACAAACAAUGAUGAUAUUAUCGCAAAGUCGUAUCAACACUCUUCCAGUUCAAAUCUUCGUGAUGCAUAUGCUUUAUAUCGUCAAGAGCAUCGUAGAUGGUUACAUCAUCCAAUUGAAGCAGCAUUAACUGCUUAUCAGGAAAUUCGAUCUGAAUUAAAUAUCCUUUUACCAAUCACACGGAAUUGUUUCAAUUGUUUAUAUCGAAUGAAAUUCAAUAGGUCUAAGUCGAUAUCUCCACAUCAUAACUCGCAUAGUAUGAGCAAAUUAUUCAUUUGGGGUGGUGGCGGUGGUGCUGUUGCUCUACAAGAAAGGCGAUUGAUGCAUGGUUGUUUUAGUAAAUGUUUACAGAAAAAUGAAUCAUUAUAUACCUAUACUACUAAUAACGAAAAUAGUAGUAUCGUCAAUUGUAAUGAUGACAAACAUCAUUCUACUAAUAAUAGAUUUAUUGCCAAUAUUCAUUUAUCUCAACAAAAUACAAAUUUACUUAUUUGCUGUGGAAUUGUUUACCCUAAUCCAAUUGGAUUUUUAAUGCCAUUAGCUCCAUUGGGUAAUCUUUCAGAAUACUUCACGACAUUAUUAGCGUCAUCGGGUAAAGAGGUGGUUGAGACUUCUUCUUCAUCUUCUUCAGGGUCGUUGAAUGAGGUAUUUCUCAGUCAUCCGCUGCAUCCGCUAACAAUGAUGUUUAUAAUCAAUCAGUUAGCUAAAGCACUUGCUCAUCUGCAUUCUUUAUGCAUUAUUCAUCGUGAUGUGAAAUCCGAAAAUGUACUGAUUUGGUUAAUGCCAGCGACAAUGACGGUGUCAUCACCAUCGUCAACGACAUCACCUCUAGCAAAUGACUCCAAUAAUCCAUCAAAUGUACAUAUUGUACUAACAGAUUUUGGUGCAAGUCGAUUUAUGAGUUCACCGAAGAAUGCUGGUGGUUGUAGAGGAUAUGUUGGUACAACUGGUUAUAUGGCACCAGAAAUUUUAGAGUAUUUAGGUGAGCAAACAUAUACUGCAAAGGUAGAUAUUUAUGCUCUGGGAAUUUUAAUCUGUGAAAUGAUUCAAUUAGAACAACCGUAUAAAAAGUCAUCCUCUAUGUUGUAUCGGCUGACUCAAGAAGUCAUAUCAGGUGUACGCCCUGAAAUCCCAUUACAUUUCAUUAAACGUUGUCCAUCUGCCCUGAUCGAUUUAAUGACAUACUGUUGGGCAUCUGAUCCAUAUAGACGACCAACAGCUGAACAAAUUGUCCAAUUAACUAAUCCAUGGUGGUUAUCUUCAGAUAGAACAAUUUUAUCAAUGAUGAGUAAUGAUAAUGAUAACAAGAAGAAGAAAUUCGACAUUGAUCGUGUUUCCCCUGUGAAGAAAUCUAUGAAUGAACAAAAAUUUCGUUGUAACACUCCUCCCGGUUUGACCUUCACAUCAAAUACUGAAUUGAAUAGUUUCAGUUAUAUUCAAUCGGUGAAUUGUAUUGAUGCAUUAGAUGUUGUAACUUGUGCUUUGAUUGAUGAAUACUAUAACCUUUGGCUUGGCGGUUAUUCAAAAUCACCACUGUCAUCAUCAUCAUCAUUUAGCGGCGGUUAUGAUGCUACCCAAUCUAUUCAUCAACUUGGCUUACUGUUCAUCAUAUCUCUGGCUUCAGAUGAUACCACCGCUUCAUUGUCAUCAUCAUCAUCAUGCUGCCUUUUAUCCUCUUGGCCAACAGUUUCUGUAAUAAAACAAUAUUUUCAAGGCUUUAUCAAAUAUGAAACAAUUAGUAAGGUGAUCGAUUGGCCAAUUCAUUUAUGCGCAUUGAACAAUAAUAAUAAUAGAGAUGGUCAUUUGAUGUCUUCCAAUGAAGAUAUUGGUCAUCCAGACAGAGUGACAAUGUUUGUGGCGUGUUUAACGUAUUUCGGUGAAUUGAAAAUUUAUCAACCAAAGUACAAAACUAUGGAAUGCAUAUGUUUAUUAAAAAUACAAUUAUCAGAAGAAUUUACAAAGCCCGACAUACCUAUGUCAAUCAAUAAAGAGUCUGGAAGUCAUUUCCAAAGUGUUAACUGCCUGCUUGCCUAUCUGACAAGUGAUUUUCAUCCGCUUCACUUCACUUAUCAUCGUCAUCUCUCGUCAUUAUCAUCAGCAUCAUCAACUUCGUCGACGCCGCUACCAACGGUAUCUUCCAUUGGUUGUAUUCGUUUUAUCCUGUGUUUAUCAGUCCCGAAAAUUUUUAUAAUCAGCGUCAAUAUUUUAUAUCCUCCUCCUUUAGUAUUGAAAUGUAUGAAUACAGUUUUUAUUGAUGUGGAUCAACCUGUUUAUACCGGUGUUAUUCUUCCAGAAAUUUGUGGUUAUGAUGUAUGGUUUAGUCAAAAUGGUGGCAAGCUAGUGCGUUAUACAUGGGACAAUGCUCUACAUGAGACUGGCUAUUCCCCCUGCUCGUCCUCUCUUCACCCCAAUCGAGUUGUCUCAAAUAUUGUUCCUCGUGUGACUCAUUUUCUACUUGAGAACUCGUUGGCAGUUGUUGUUGUUAGCAACAAAAAUCGUUUAGCUCAAGACAACCGAAGACAGAAUAAUGAAGAGGAAGGCGUUUAUGUUUGGACAUAUUUAAGACCAGACAGCAGAUUAGACUGUUGGUCAGCUGCUACACAGAAUCUACUCAAAAGUAUCAAUUUAGCUGGUUACAUAAACCAACCUGGUACACAGGAGGUGUCAAUGUCAGAAUUGUUUGGUUCAGUUCGUGCAAUGGAAUGGCUUAAUUCUCCAACAAAUAUUCUACUGAUCACAACCAAUGGCUACUUAUUGCAUAUCAAUGUAACACAUAUCAAUACUGUCAAUAAUAAUAAUAAUAAUAAUAAGUCAUCGUUAGCUGUGGCUGGUGACACUGAGAAUAGUUCAUCAAGUCAUGCAAAUCAUCCACCCUCACCAUCACCAAAGUCAUCGUCAUUAACGUCAUCGUCAACACUCUUCGAUAUUCAUUCACUACACUAUCAUGGAUUAAUGUCAGAUAAUGAUUUUGUUUUAAUUGCUCCAUUGACCUUGAAAUCACAAGAGCGGUUAAAUCAAACAAUGACAGAAGCGGGAAAAUCAUCAUCUAUGCCUUAUAUGCCAAAGCGUUUAUUAACUAUAGCCAAAGGUUAUUUAAAUCCCUUAUCGUCUUCUGUUGUGUCGUCGACUUCUUUCAAUGUUAAAAAUACUAAUCAUACAGGUAACAAACACACUGAUGAUAAGUUUAUAAGUAGUCAGACAGAGAAGACAAUAGAGAGUUUAAAUCAAGAAAAGUAUUAUUUAGUCAAAUUAUUCAAUGAUAAAUUUUUAUUCUCAUAA